AUGGUUGUUACUUUCCCUAUAGAAACGCCAGCCCAAAGGCAGGUCUUGGGCGUGGCUAUCGCUUUCUCCGUUCUAGCCGUAGCAGCGGUAUGCCUGCGACUGCUAGCUCAUCAUCUUGCGCGUAAGCGAUGGAUCUUGAGUGACUAUUUCAUAAUUGCCGGUGGCAUCUUCGCCGUUGGCCUCCAGUCCAUCAGCAUCACCGGCGUGAUACAAGCGGGCAUCGGUUAUGAUCAUGUCCCUGCAAUUGCAAUCAAAUUUGGCACCCAGCCGAUCACCAAACUCCUUCAGUUAAUUAUCCCAUUGCAAUUUCUCUGGGUUCUGAGUCUCAGCUGUACAAAGAUCUCCAUCUUGUUCUUAUAUCUUAGCAUAUUCCCUGUCACUUGGGUCGUGCGAGUAUCCUGGGCAACGAUGGGUGUGAUUGUCGCCUGGACUAUUGGGACAAUACUGGCUGGAUGUCUGAUCUGUCGGCCCUUCGCUUUUAACUGGGACCAGACUAUUCCUGGGGGAUCGUGCGGUAACCAGGUCACCUCAUUCACGGCGACAGGUGUUAUAAACCUUGUUACCGACGUUGUUGUCCUGGUGACACCGAUGCCGCUGCUAUAUAAGCUGCAAAUGGCCAGGUAUAAGAAAGUGACAUUCAUCACUAUCUUCGGGCUGGGAGCAGUCACAUGUAUCAUCAGCAUUCUUCGUAUCUCCAUACUCUCCACGAUGGAUUUCACCGACAUCACCUACUCGAUUCCACGUGCCAACAUCUUCAGUGGCCUAGAGCCCUGUCUCGCUGUAAUCCUCGCAUCGGUCCCUAUGAUGCGCCCCCUCCUAGGGCGUUCAGCAUACACACCUGAGGUGACAGCUCGCCCAUCGAAUAAAUGUUCGUCUCCGUCUGGAAGAUCCAGGUCUACUGGCGAUGGCGAAUUCCAGCCGCUGCAGGAUGACUCAAGUGAGCUGUGUUUACGACCAAUCGGGCCAAAGCAUGAGGUUGGCAUCGCAGUUCAAAACCCCGCAGAGACGGGAGGGGUAUCCCGUAGGAGCGGAGAGUCUCUUGAAGCUGGAGAGAGCAGGGAUAUGAAUCAGAGGGAGAAAGGAGGCUUGGGGAUUUCAGUGAAGCAGGAAUGGGCUGUGUCUCAUGGACUGAAGUGA